ACACAUAUUUGCGUUGUUUAUUUGUUGACACAAGUUGCAAUCGCGUACCUUAACAACAAAUUAUCGUUAUAUUUAUGGUAUAUUUUUACAUAUUUAUAGUAUACAUAUGUGCGUAGGUAAACACAGUGUUAUGUAUUUAACUGCAAAUUUUUAUACUCGUUUAAUAAUUCAGUUAAAUACUCGUUAAUGAGAAUAUACGAUGAAAAUAAUAUCUGCUCGAAGUGGACCUCAGAACCUAGAGCGCAAUAAUAAUAAAGUGACUGUUACAAAGAAAUGAAAAAUAACAACAGAAAGUGCACAACAAAAACAGUGUGAAAAGUGAAAAAGCAGUCGCAUUCGUGUUUUGUAUAGAAAAUGUAGAUUUAUUUCAAUCUUCGCGCGAAUUCAAGUGCAAUUCAAAGUCGAGCUUGUUGCUGUUGCUUUUCAUUUUACUUUUACAAACGACCUUUACAAUAAAACGGGAAAACAAUACAAUACAACACAAUAGAUUCUUAUCUACUAAAGCCGCCUGCUGUGAACACCCUUCGGCCUUUUUAUAAUUAUACGAACAUAACUCAUGCCAAAGGUAUUCGUGCGUAUUCGGCAUUGUUGUAAUGUUAAUGGAUUAUGCGAUCAAAAAAUACAACAAAUUGCACGAAACCAAAAACCAAAACAUGAAAAUCACGUUAAUACUCCGCUCAAAACUGGAUUUUGACAAGUUUAAUAUUCAACACUACACCGUGUGGUGGAUUACUAGGCAUUAAUGACGUGAGCCGAUUACAAUUCUAUCGCGAAUUAAUAGUUCCAAAUGUAAAAUUGGCGUAAAUAUUGAUUCGCAUAUGUUACUUGUGUUCAUAUGGACUAAAGAAUACAUGUACUGUGCAUAUAAAAAGUAAGCAACACUCAACGAUAAACACGCGAGCAAUAAAAUGCACGCAUGCGCGCUGAAACAACACGAAACAACGCAAGCAAAAGCUGUAAAAAAUGAAAUUAAGAAAAAUAUAAAAUUUGCAUAUGAAUUUGCAAAGAAUUUAUGAAACUUGUACGAGCAUACUCAAAACUGUUGUAAAACCUUCCUGCACAUAACAAACAAAAAAUCUGCAUGCCGAUGAGCAAAUCUAAAAUUUUGGGAAAUAUGAAAACGCAACAGUGUUUUGAAAAUACAUGUAACAUAUUGCUAACUUGCUUUAAACAUAGAAAAUUUUUUUCGUCUUUAACGGGAAAAUUUUUGGAAUUUUUUUCUUUUUUAUUUGUGCCUAAGGAAUCACUCACCGUGCAUAGUGAUUAUCGCGUGUUGAAAUGCCUGAAAAUAUCCAAAAAAAAAUUAAAUUAAAAUCGUUGAAAAAAGUGCAAAAAUUGGGAAGCAUAUGUUAAUUAUAUGUUUCGAAAGCCAGUGAAAAUCCUUGUGCAAGUAAAAGUAGCAGUUAGACGCGCCAAAGAAAGCAAUUAAAAAUCAGCAAUCUAGCAAUUAGAGACAGGCAAUGAUGGAAUUUUGCAGAAAUUAAGUCAACAGUGAAGUUAAAACACGAAUGCGACUAAUUAUAAUUGCCUAAUGCAGAAAAUAUUUUUGCGAAUGGUACAAGAUGUUGCAAGCUGAUCGCGAGAUCGCGUGUACUUUACCAGCUAGCACCAAUUUAUAAUAUUUCCCGUCCGCCACAAACUUGCAUUGUCUGUUGCUGAUGAACACGUGAUUGAUUUCAGCGAACUGAUUGCAAUGUGGAAUUAACGAGUGAUUGCACACGAAAAUUUAAUCUUUUGCGGCAAAUUUGCAUUAGUGCGCGUGUUGAAAACUUGUUCUUUUUUUGAAUUACCAAAAAUAAAUAUUUAAUGUCCAUAGCCAAUAAUAUAAGCAAGUGAAAUUGGAAUGAAAAGUAAAAAAUUUUAAUUUACCGUGUAAUUUUUUUCAGUGUAAAAAACACAGUAUAAAACCUUAAGUCUUAAAUACAUAUUUAAAAUAAAUUAUUAAUAAUAGAAAAGUAGUGUUAAAAUGGAAACGGCUAAUGCACCCAUGCUUACCGCCACUGCUGCGGUGGCCGCAACGCCUACGAAGCCAUUAAAAACCAUAGCAGCAGCCACAGCAGCUGCCGCCGUCACAGCAGCAGAAGCAGCAACAACUACACAACCAUUUAGUGAUUUAGCCGCCUCAGUGGGAAUACAUACCACGUCCACACAAACACCAACAGCAAUUCUAUCGCCCACAAUACCAAUUGCCAUGGCGACUGCAACAGCUGCCACUUCUUCUCCAACACCAUCACCAUCGUCGGCAUUCACAGCAUACGCCACCACUCAAGCGCUGUUGCAGUUGCCAUUGGAAUUGCAGCAGACAUUGGCGAGCGCUGCCGCUGUGGCCGGUUACUUACCAUCCACGUAUCUCAUGGAUUUAUAUAACAGCAACACAAUUGCGAGCACUGCGGAUCCAUAUCCGGAUGCACCAACCCAAUUGGUGCCCUGCCCCAUCUGUCAGCGCACCUUCAAUCCCGUUACGCUGCAGAAGCAUGUGGGCAUAUGCGAAAAAAUGGCAACAAAGAAACGUAACGUUUUCGAUUCCUCGCGCCAACGACGUGAAGGCACCGAAUUGGCCAGCUAUCCGUUGCCGAAGAACUUCGGCUUGCCGCCAGCGAAGCAGGAGACGCGCGGACAGUCGCCCAAGCCGUUGCAGCACAUCGCCUCACCCAUUUUGACGCGCAAGAAGUCGAGCGGCGGCGAGGAGUUGGCGCGCAGCACCGCACGCGCCUCGAUGCGCAAAUUGGCUGCCAACGCACAAAGUCAGUCGCCGAGCAUCACAGCCACUGCUGGCGCCGGUGCUGGUGCCGCGACUGCCAGCCAAGUAGUCAACAACAGUCAGAUGACCACAUCGACUGGCUCACUGCCCGGCGCCGGCAGCUUUACACGCGAUCGUAUGCGCUCUUCGGAGCGUUCACUCGCCAAACGCAUACAGCCACCACCGGCCGAGCAGUGUCCGCAUUGUGAACGUUGCUUCGGGCCGAAGGCGUACGAUCGGCAUGUUGAGUGGUGCAAGGAGAAGGCGCUGCAGGCCUCCAUUAAGCACACGACCAAAACCGAACAAAACUUAGCCAAAGAGCGACUGGAGGCGCGCACUAAAUACCGUGCACCCUGUCUCAAAACUAAGCGUUCGUUAAAUCGUGAUAAGUACGCGGGAUUAGCUGGUGAUGAGAACGAAUUUGGCGAUACGGUAAAAACGUCCAACGGCAGUCACAACAACAACAACAUUAGCAAUAAUAAAAAUAGCAGUCUUACAAACGGUGUUGGUGUCCACGGCAACAACAACAAUAUAAAGAGUAGCGGAAACGGAAACGAUAACGGUGUGAUGUCACUAUCAAUGACAUCAUCUCUGACAAGUGAGAAUGGUUUACCAUGCGAUAGAUAUGAUCCAUUUCUGUCGGCCAAGCGUCAAUUGGAAGAGCUUUGCUCGUCCUCACCUCCAAAUAAUCCUUCCUUUUCCUCUAACCUUCCAAAAACUACGCCACAAACUCCCGUAUCACCAGCUGGUUUGCCAGCAAAAAUGUCCACUUCACUCACACUAAGCACUUCCACGCCUAACUCUAGUCCCUUGACACACAACUCACAAAACCAACGCCAGACAGCAACGCCUUCGGUAAACGCUUCUAAGACAACUUCGAAUUUCCGGCGCACAUCAUCGUUACGCGGUCCGCGUCGUUCACCGAUGCUUUCCUCACGUCCCUUGUUCGCGCAAAACCAUCGCCCCACCAUACAACGUGGCCUCUCUGAUGAAGGUCCCAUCUCAACUAACUUUCUGAAACCUGAAGAAUAUGAUGAGAUGCCUGUACGUUCGGUUUGUGUCAACGACUAUGCUGUAACGAAGAGUCCACGUGUCGCACGUCGUGAUAACAGUCUCUCUAACCGUAAACAGAGCCUAAAGCUCAAUGUACAGGGUGCUGCCGCCACAAUGGGGUCUGCAACGAACACACCGAAUUGUGCGACAAUGUUGGGUGUAAACAGCAGCGAUGAACUAAUGAACUCUGCUACCAAAUAUCUAUCGAAAACCGACUCAUUAGCGGCAUUCCUCAAAUACGAGAAAGAAUUGGAUAAACUUAACGCGCAAACCGCAGUGGAUAAGCCGACCGAACAAAAUACAACUGAGUCAUCUGCGACGAAUCUCCACAAUCCUAUCAUUUCCAAGGAGUUUAAAGAAAAAAGUAACACUUUGAGCAAACAAAAUUCUGCCAAGAGUAUUAAAGCAGAACUAAUUGAAUCUCCAAAACCAAACACAGACCCAGUGGUAGAAGCACAUUUGUUACAACACCUACCGACACCGAUCCCAAAGACACCAAAUACAGCUAACAUAUCGCCGUACGAGAGAGCGAAUGCCAAUAUACAAAAGACGCAAGCCAUACGUUUGGAGUCCAUAGCAUUGCCACAGGCAACUUCGACGCCAAUAACGAAGCCAAGUACAACACGAGCGCAUACACAGGCCAUGCCCACACAAUUGCCCAUUGUAAAUCGACCAGUCAACUUAAAUGCACUACUCGGCGAAACGAGGCCAACAACAACUUCUUCGCUCUCCGCCUACAGUAAAGAGGGCAAGAGCUCUUCCAGCAAUGAGUACAUCGAUCCCAAGCUAAUUAAUAAAUGCGAUAAUCUGCCCGUAAAUCUGAAUACGGUGCGCACAUUGAAAUCCGUUGGCGGUAACAAUGUGGAACGUCGUUUGGACUUCUCUUCAUCCUCCUCAGAGUGUUCAGCCACACAAACUGGUCCGAUUUCGCAGCUUACCAAAUUAUUACCGCUUACUAAACCCGCCGAGGUAUCACAUACAACAGCGGUAAAUAUACCAUGCAGACCCUCCACCACGGACGGCACACAGCCGAACGCGCAUCCGACGCUCAGUCAACGCAACUCAAUUGAGGGUAGAAAUUUGUUGAAUCGUAAAAAACGACUUGGACGUAAUCAUUUUCUUUAUGAUGUCUCACCCGAGGCGGAUGACUCUUGCUCGGCUGACGAUGAAGCAAAUCGUUCUUCGGUCGAGUAUUAUGAAUCCAAGUAUAAAUCGUCAUAUCAACAGCAACAACAACAAGAACAGCAAGAGCAACAACCACAAACAUGUUACGUUAAUACACGCGAACAGACCACACCAAUGAAAACACCACCUAUAGUGCCGCCAUUACCGAUUUUCGACGACUUUGACUUUGAGGAAUUUCUCUCGUCAUUCGAGAAUGACGAUGAGCAAUUUCCUCUGUUCAAGGACUGUAGGGAAUUUCUGUUGAAUCGCUCGUCGAAUAAACAACGUUCGACGCAGACGCCGAGUUCAAUAAAUGCAAACAAUAACAGCAACCACAACAACAACAAUAGCAAAACAAACCAAUAUACAACACCAACUAAAGACUACAACAACACCACGAAUCACUUUCAAUUCCCAAGUCUCGCCUCUAAUAAAUAUUCCCAACCCACGCACCUACUAACACCCUCCUCCCGCAGAUCCCGCGAUGAGUCACGCCCAAAAAGUAAAGAAUCUUCACCGUUAUCCGAUCGGUACCAGGAUCUAAAACGCGUCAACACACAAAGCCACGCUUACGCUGAAGACGGCUUGAUCACCAAGCGACAUGCUGACGCCGAGCAUAAAAAGCGUGAGAUCUUCAUCAGCAUCGAGACGGAGCCGAAUGAACAUGGUCGUUCGCCUAUUUCACCUGACUCGCUACGCAGCAUGGUCGGCAAUCCCCAAACCAUGGUCGAAGUAGAGGUUGACGGCGGUGAUAAUAAGUUCAGCAAGAUCAGUGACGACGAUGAGCAGUUGCCACCGAGGCAUGUCGCCGGCCAGAGUCAUGCAGGCGAUAUGAUGAUGCGUUGCACACCCUUCAACAGUGGCAAUCAUUUGCCGAAUGUACAGCUAAAUAAUGCCAAAAAUCUAAUACAGCGAAUGCAAAAUGACUUUCGACAAAUGAGCGAAGAAGUGGGCGCCAAUAUACGCCAAGCCAUGACCGGUCUCAAUGCAGUCGGUAGUAAUGCAGCAAUGUUGUAUGGCAACGAGCAGGUCGGUAUGACAGCUGGCGUUGGUGGACGCGGUGGUGUGACUGGUGGUACAUAUGUACCAUGCAAUACAAAUACAACACCAUCGCCGUCGAAGACAGGUGUGAGCGCAGUGGCGCCCAUGUAUGCAGCCUCGGAAGAUGUCAGCGGUGAUGCGUGCAUCGAUUCGGACGAAAUGAGCAGUUUGGAUGGUUAUCCGAUAUCCUCGAAAUCGUCACGACGUGGUGUCGGCUCUAAACUAAGCGCUGACUCUGCGUACGGGAGCCUCUCACGACAGAGAUCCUCAGAGCUGUCGACCACACCGCAACGAAGCGCCGCGCGCAGUCGCCCCACCACCAGCAGCUCGACCAGCACGACAACAACGACAUUACCCGUAAUGCUGCCAACAGAUGUGCAAACACAAAAACAACUACAACAACAGCAGCAAUAUCAAUACCAACAGCAACAGCAACAACUGCAGUUGCAACAACAGCAACAGUUGCCACAACAAACGACGCAAUUGUACAAGUACGCGCCAGUGGCUGCGCGUCCGCGACACAUAAGUGCCUCAUCCAGCAGCGACAAUUCGGAUGGCAGUGAUUGCAAUGUCAAAUAUAAGCAACAGUUACAACAGAAACAACAGCAGCAGCAGCAACAAUUGUACAGCGGUGUUGGCAAUAAGAAUCACAACAACAACAACACCAACUAUAUCAGCGCACACUAUGCGCCACAGCACAGCAGCAUCAGCGGUGGCAACAACAACAAUAACAACAUAACCAACACCAACAAUUAUGAUAGUCCACUCAGUUCGCCAACAACAAUGGAGCGCGCACGUCUAGCCGCCAGCAAUGCAACAAACACCGGCCUCGCGACAGAGGAUGCGCAAACGGCGCCGACAGCCGCCAACAAAGCCCACUACAGUUCGAGCAGUUCGCUGUCCAGCACAAAUGCGGCAAUGAGCGCGAGUAUGAAAAUGUCGAAAUUCUGUCACGAAUGUGGCGCCAAAUUUCUAGUCGAACAGGCUAAGUUUUGUAUGGAUUGUGGGGUUAAGCGGAUCGUACUAUAGUCGCACAUAUGUGUACAUACAUGCAUAUGUAAUAUGUAGUUGUAGUUGUUGCCAAUGAGUAUAAAUUAUAUGCAUAGAUAUUUCGCUUAGUCAUGCAACAUGAAUCAACACUCACACA